CUGCAGAGAGCCCUGGCAAGCUGACAGGCGCUGACACACAGGCCCACAUGCAGCCCUGAGACGGGGAGAGGGAGAGACUGCCUGAGAGCCUGGGAAAGAGGAGCGUCCCUCCUGCAUGGGACCUGGAUCAGGACAGACCAUGCCAAGGACAAGGAAGGAGACUCAGGGAGGGCAGUGCAGACCUGGGAAGUUCUCUGAAUCCUAGGCUCGCCCCCAAUUCAUUUCCCACCCUGUGCCGCCCUGGUCUGCACCCAGAGCCAGUUCCCGCCCCUAGUAGCAGCCCCCACGCUGGCGCUGGCAGACACUGAGGCCAUGGAGGUGAGGAUGCUGCAGGACUGGUGCAGGUGGAUGGGCAUCAGCGCCCGCAGGGGCCUGCUCAUCCUGGGCAUCCCGGAGGACUGUGACGAAGACCAGCUGCACGAGUCCCUGGAGGCCUCCCUGUGGCAAAUGGGCCACUUUGAGGUGCUGGGCAAAGUGUUUCGAGAGGAGGACAAUGCCAGUGCGGCCCUGGUGGAGCUGGACCGGGAAGUCAACUAUGCUUUGGUUCCCAGGGAGAUCCCAGGCAUCGGGCGUCCCUGGACCGUGGUCUUUGUGCCCAGAUGCUCAGGGGAGGACUUUCUGGGUCGUGUGUUCCACUUCCUGGAGCAACAGGGGCAGACUGUGGAGAGUGUGGCCGGAGCCCUGGGGCUGGGGCUGCGCAAGGUGUGCUGGCUGAGGUCUGUCAGUCAGGCCAUCCAGCCCUGGGUGGAGACAGUGCGGUACCAACCCCUGGGGGUGUUCUCAGGGAGGGACCAGCCAGGCCCGGGGGAGGAGUCCUUCGAGGCAUGGCUGGACCACACCACUGACAUGCUGCUUGUGUGGCAAGGGGUCUCAGAAAGGGAGAGGAGGAGGCGGCUGAUAGAAGGCCUCCGAGGGACGGCCCUGCAGGUGGUGCACGAGCUCCUGGCGGAGAACCCUGCCAGGACGGCCCAGGAUUGCCUGGUCGCCCUGAUCCAGGUGUUUGGAGACCACGAGUCCCAGGCCACCCUGCGGCUCAAGUGUCUGACCGCUCAGCGACGGUCAGGCGAGACUCUCUCUGCUUUCGUGUUGCGGCUGGAAGUCCUGCUACAGAGAGCCAUGAAGGAGGGGGCCCUGGACAAGUCCUCAGUCGACCACUUGCGCGUGAGGCAGGUGCUCACCGGGGCCAACAUCAUUGAGCCACUGCGAGAGGUCCUGAGGAAGCUGGGCAUGGUGGGGAGGCGUCCAACUUUCCUGGGGAUGCUGGGGCUGGUUCAUGAGGCUGAGGCAUGGGAGGUCAAUAUAGCCAGGAGCCUGAGAGCCCAGCAGGCAGAAGGGGAUGCUGCCCAGGCUGAUGACAGAGCCCAGGCUGAGGGUGACAAGAUGGUGGAGAAGCAGCAACUGCAGGAGAAUAGUGACAACCAUGCCCCUGCCCUUGCAGGCCUGGGUCAGACAGGGCCCUCCGAGGCCCCUGGGGGACCCCUGCCUGCCCAUAUGGGCAGUGUUUCCGGGGCAGGUCCAGGAGGUCCUGGCACUGUGCCAGAGGGCCUGGCCCAGGUGGGAGACUGGGAGGCCAAGGAACACCCCCAGGAGGGGCUCAAGCCCAUCCCGGAGGAGUCGGAAGGUGAGGACGGGGCUGGGGAGCUGAGCCCCGUCAUGUCCUCCCCUGGCAAAUAGGCUCACAAGGCCUGGCGCCCUCCUCCCCUUUCGGGCAGCAGAGCCCUUGUGGCGGGGGAUGGGGGGGAGGGUGGGGAAGCCAGGCCAGGGCAACCUCCUCACACCACAUGGGGAGCAGGGCCCAGGGAAGUGCCCGCCCAGCUCAUACCAUAACCCCUACUCCCCCACCAUGCUAUGGGGGCCUGACCACCACCAUCUGCCCUUCCAAGUCACCAAGAUGACCAUAUUUGACACCCAAUGGGGUGGGGAGAGGUGCCCCCACAUGUUAGCACCACACCUGGCCUCAGCCCCAACCCCUACCAACUUGGGCAGCUGGCCUGGGAGCACCGCUGAGCAGCCCAUCUCAGCCUAGGAGAGGGGCACCUGAAGCCAUCUGCCACCUGUGUGGACUGGGGGGCUUUAGAACCCAUAACAGGGGUGCCACUUUUGGGGACCCCCAUUCUCCAUCCCCUGGGGAGACCCCAACUCAUUUCUCUAUAGUCCCAUAAUGACCCAUGUGUCAAGUAAUCAGCCCCCUACACACACACACACACACACACACACACACACACACACACCACGGCGCCUGUGCAGAACCACCUGGUGUGUGUGAACCCAGGUGGGUGUCCUGCCGCCCCCCCAGGGCAGCCACCUCUCAGCCCCGGCACGUGUUGUGAGCCCCACUGCCAGCCAAGGCUCUGCCAGCUCUUGUCCAGUGUCGUGAGCUCAGCCUCUGCUUUCUCGGUGUAGAUUUAGGCCAACUGCUGCUUGUGCUUGUGGAGAUGUGUGUAUUCUUCUCUGAGCAGUUCCCCACCACCACUCCCACCCUGGAUGGAGACCCCGAGCCCAGGCCCAGAAGAACGGAUGAGAAGAACGGACCAGGGCAUGUCUGGCGCUCACCCAGUGACCCUGGGAAGAACUGUACAGUGGCAGAAGGCGGCUGCCAGAGGCUCCACGGACACCCUGAUGCUCUGAUGUCACCCUGUUGUUCCCUGUGACUCAGUUUCCUCAGCAUGCUGGAGUGUCCCCUGCUGUGUUUUCCAGUGUCCUCUGUCUGUCCUGUGCAGGCCACAGGGCAAGGCCAGGCCCCAGCAUGUCAUCCAUAGGGGGGGGGAGCCCUGCAAUGAGUGGACAUCCCCAAUGUCCAUGGUCCUUUAAAGUCCAAUCAAGGGGCCCUCAGGGAGGGAGACUAUGGUGGGAGGGCUGUGGUGUGGGGUCAGCUGAGGCAGCUGGUCAGAGACCCCAGGAGGAGGUGGGGGUUGUGACCUAUGGGGUCUAUUGGCUGUUAGAAGUUCCUCUCUGUGUUGUCACUCCCUUUCUUCAAUGAAUUCAGUAAAUGUUUCUCUUCAAUAAACUUCAUUGAAUGAU